AUGGAGCACAAAGAAAAAGGCAGCGGGAUCUUCCCAUCUCUUAAUGAUGGUGUCGGAAUGGAGUCCUCAGUCAGGCUUCAAGACGUUCUCCCUUCGCCCGCGCAGGAUAUUGAGGAGUUCUGCCGAGUGCAUGAAAUUACAACCCUGCACUUCAUUGAGACUGUCUGGUUAAUCGUCCUUGGACCAUUUCUGGAUACGGACCGCGUUUGCUUUGGUUACCGGGACCAUCGCGAUAGACCUCCAGACCCGACCUCAGGUCCGGCGAAGGUCAUCGAGUCGGACUCGUUCCCCGAUGCCUCAGUGGCAGAGAUGCUCAAGGCAGGCUUUUGUGCAGAGCCAGGGAAUCCAUCUGAUGAGCAACCCCCAGCCCAUAAUACUGCCGUGGUCCUGAUCAAGGAAAUUGCGGGCUCCGACCGAUCGUAUCUCUUGGAGGAGGCCAAGCAAUGGGACUAUGGCGUUGUGCUGGUGGGUGAGAUGAAUGAACUGUCGGCUUUGUUGAGACUAUCGUUGGUCCACAAAACUUCAACCCUCUCACCAUGCCUCGCGGAAAACCUCUCGUCCACAGUCUUACAGGUCAUCCAAGAGAUUUUGGCCGAUUCUAAUCGGCGUAUCAAGGACCUGACUCUAUUCAGCCCACUGAACCAAGACAAUGUUCUGCGGUGGAACGGUGGUAAACAGCAGAGCCCAGCAACAUCCCUGAUUAAGGUUAUCCAACAGCGUGUAUGCGAGCGUCCACACCACCCAGCCGUAUGUGCGUGGGAUGGGACCCUAUCGUAUUCACAGCUUGACUCUCUGGCAACGCAGUGGGCUAGUCACCUGCAGCGCUUGGGUAUUGGGCCAGAACACAUGGUCCCUGUGAUGAUGGACAAAUCACAGUGGAUGGUUGUGGCAGAACUCGCCAUCUUGAAGGUCGGUGGCGCUUUUGUGCCCAUUGAUCCAAAGCAGCCGCCUGACCGACUGAGGAACAUAGUAACCCAAGUGAACGCUACAGUUGCGAUUACAUCCACCGACCUGGUACCGAUAUUAUCAAGCCUCCUCGGCACGAUUGUCACCAUAUCUUCGGAAACAACCUCGAAUUUACCGACCACCAUGUCAGAUGUACCAGCGCGAGAAAUCACCCUUGAAACCACGGCUUAUGUGCUAUUCACAUCUGGAAGUACCGGACAACCCAAGGGUUGUGUUGCGAAACACCGCGCGCUAGCAAACCUGGUGAACCUGGCACCGAGUCUGAAAAUCACAGCCGAAAGCCGAGUAUUGCAGUCUGCCUCGUACGGCUUUGUAAUGUCCUUGGCUGAGAUAUUCUGCUCCCUGACAGUAGGCGCGACAGUAUGUAUCCCCUCGAAGGAAGAUUGUAUCAACAACCUCCAAAGGGCGAUGGAAUCGAUGCUGGUCAGCUGGGCGAUACUCACCCCCUCAGCAGCACAGUCCCUGGUCAGCCCGUUGGCAUUUCUGAAGACUCUGGUCCUAGCUGGCGAGCCCAUGCGCAUCGACCUCUUUCAAAUGUGGGUAAACCAACUAGAUCUACAUUUGGUAUUGGGGUGUACUGAAUGGGCGGGUGCAUCUGUUUCACCGCCCAUCCGUUCUGAGGCAGAUAUCAGAUGUAUUGGCACCUCGCCGACAGGGCGCCUUUGGUUGGGGGAUCCCACGGACCACAAUCGCCUUGCUCCACUUGGUGCCGUUGCUGAACUGCUGGUGGAGAGCCCUGCGCUGGCAGAUGGCUAUCUCAACAAUGCCUCACAAACAGCAUCGGCCUUCAUCAAUGCCCCUGCCUGGUAUCGCAUGAUGGGGCCGGUCAAUGAUACCGGGGUGACACUUUACAAAACGGGUGACUUGGUGCAGUAUUACGCCGAUGGCAAGAUCAGGUACAUCGGCCGCAAGAAUACUCAGGUGAAGAUCCGCGGGAAAAGACUCGAAUUGGGGGAAAUUGAGUAUCAUAUCCGUCAGAUUAGCCCCGCGAUAGAGAAGGUUAUAGCCGAAGCCGCCGCCCCGAAAGGCAGUGAGACCCCAAUUGUUGUCGCCUUCUUGUACUCUUCCGACCAGGAGGCUCUGCUGCUACACUUCCAAGCACAUGUCGAUUCGAUCAAAAAGGGCUUGGAGCAGGCACUGCCCGACCACAUGUGGCCGAGCAUUUACCUCCCCCUCGAAUCUGUUCCGUUGACCACCACUGCCAAAACCGAUCGAAAGAAGCUCCGUCACAUUAUUUGCGCUUCUACUCGCCAGGAUCUGGAGAAAGAUCUGACACCGACAUCUCCUAUCGUGUCACCAGCGACCGAGCUGGAGAUGAAACUUCAUCAACUAUUUGCUGAAGCUCUGCGUGUCGAGCCAACCUCCUUUGGCGUCAAUCAUAGCUUUAUCCGUCUUGGCGGCGACUCGGUGACAGCCAUGCGUUUAGCCAAUCGUUGUAGUCAAAUGCAGUACAGAUUGACGAUGCAAGAUAUUCUUCAACACCAAACGGUGGCCAACCUUGCCUCGCAGCUUGAUCUGUACAGCAAGGAUAACGCGCCAUCCUCUACACCUGCCAUUGAACACCGGGCCCCUGAACGGUCUUUCCAACCAGGGAGCGAAUCUGGCAUCCAGGACGAAUUUGUCAAAGUGCUGGAAGCCAGCAUCAGUGCUACUGAUCCUUUAACUGAUCGUGGCGUUGAGUCCGCGACGGCCACACAGUUAGUUGACCGAAUCAAUGGACAAUUCGGCACUAAGAUCACUGGCAACGAGAUUCUCCCAAUAAUAGCUGCUCUCGUGAGACGGCCUGAGUCCCAGGUGAAUGAGCAUGUGCCUAUACCCAACACACCAUCUACCGAGCCAGUAGUGCAGUCAUUUGCACAGCGCCGCCUAUGGUUUCUAGACCAAUUGCAUCCCGAUUCAACAUGGUAUCUCCUGCCCCUUGCCACACGACUGCGCGGUCAUCUCAACCUUUCUGCGUUGGAGAUAGCCCUCAAUGCAGUAGUAGAACGCCAUGAGCCUCUCCGCACCACGUUUAACAAUCAAGGUGGCAUUGAAGUGCAAGUAGUCCAUCCUUUUAGGCCAAAGCCGCUUGAGAUAAUUGAUAUGGCGCCCAAGAAAGACCAGGACAUCUGGGAUGCCUUGCAGAGCGAACAACGCACCACGUUCAAUUUGGAGGACGAACCAGGGUGGAGGCCAUUGGUGUUCCGUCUGGGGCCUGAUGAUCAUAUCUUGUCAAUUGUCAUGCACCAUAUUAUUUCCGAUGGAUGGUCGGUCGAUAUCCUUCGAAACGAACUCAAUAUCUUCUACUCCGCAGCAAUUCGCUCACGUGCCCCCCUAUCACAAGUUGAUCCGCUCCCAACGCAUUACCGUGACUUCUCGGCUUGGCAACGGCAGCAUGAAGAUAAGAGCCAGUCGCGAGUAAAGGUUUGGCUUCAGGAACUUGAUGGAAGCAAGCCGGCUCAACUCCUCUGUGACAAGCCGCGUCCUGCUAUACUCUCCGGUGAUGCGGGUCGUCAGACGGUUGAUAUCAGUGGUGUGCUCUACCAGAACCUGCAGCGAUUUUGCAGGGCCCACCGGGUCACCGCUCAUACGGUCUUGCUUGCUACAUUCAGGGCAGCACAAUAUCGCCUCACAGGUACUAAAGACGCAGUGAUCGGCACACCAUUUGCAGGUCGCUAUCACCACGAGCUAGAACCACUCAUCGGAUUCUUCGUCAAUCUGCAGUGUAUUCGGACGGAGGUCGAGCAUGCGCAUACGACGUUUUAUCACCUCGUUCAGCAGAUUAGAGCGAAAAUGCACAUGGCGUUCGCUCACCAGGAUAUCCCUUUCGAGAGGAUUGUGUCGGAGCUAGCUGACGAGCGCGACCCCUCCCGUAACCCCCUUGUGCAAUUGGUUUUCGCUGUCCACUCCCAAACAGACUUGGGAACCUUGAGUAUCGAAGGUGUGGAGGCUGAACGGCUUACACUGUCUUCAGCCUCCAGGUUUGACCUCGAAUUUCACUUCUACGAGGGUGGAGAUUGUUUUCAAGGGGAAAUUUUGUAUUCUCUAGACCUGUUUCAUCCGGAGACAAUCAACUUAGUCCAGUCCACCUUUGUUGAUAUUCUUGAACACGGAAUAAGUCAGCCUACUACACCUAUCGAUUUGAUGCCUCUCAGAGAUGCCGCCGCCACCAUGCGAAAGAAUGGCCUACUCCACACCCCCAACACCGACUGCCCUCUCGAAUCGAGUGUAGUCGAUCUGUUUCAACGACAAAGCAAGUGUUGUCCCGACAAAGUGGCUGUCAAAGACUCUUUUAUGCAGCUUACCUACGAGGAACUAAACUCCAAAUCUGAUAUAGUCGCUGAGUUUCUAAAUACCCAGUCCCUGGAGCCAGGAAGUGUCAUUGGUGUCUUUGCAGAACGAAGCUGCGAAGCGAUAAUUGCAUUCCUGGGCAUUCUAAAGGCGAGUCUUGCCUAUCUACCGCUCGAUGUCAGAUCCCCGGUCAGCCGCCUGGAAAAAAUCUUGUCAUCUGCCAAAGCGUGCAAGCCUGUUCUUGUUGGUAGUUGUAUCGAGUGUCCUAGUCUCACUUCGGCUGAUCAUCAGUUUCUUCGUCUUUCAGACCUUCUCAAUGGGUCGACUCGAAAUGAACUUGACUUUCAGCACACGGUGAGGCCUAGGAUGCCCGGCCCCGACGACGUCGCAUAUAUUGUGUAUACAUCUGGUUCCACAGGAACGCCCAAGGGAGUCAUAAUUCAACACAAGGCGAUCAUCAGGUUGACACAGUGCACCAACAUUAUCAGUCAUGAUGAGGCUGCUGGGAAUAUAGCACAUAUGAGUAAUCUUGCUUUUGAUAUGUCAGUUUGGGAGAUAUACACAGCACUUCUCAAUGGAGGAACAUUGAUCUGCAUCGACCAUAUGACUGUAUUAGACUACAGGUUGCUCGCUCAGGUCUUGGUGCGGGAGAGUAUCCGAGUUGCCAUGAUAACUCCAGCUAUGCUAAAGCAGUGCCUUAUCGAAGUCCCAUCGACCAUCAGUUGCUUAGAUAUUCUGUUUGUCGCAGGAGACCGUCUGGAUCCAUCUGACGCCAUCAAAGCCCGAACACUGGUCCGAAACGAGCUGAUAAAUGCCUAUGGGCCAACUGAGAAUGGGGUAUUGAGCACCAUUUACAGGAUCCGACAGGAUGGGGUCUAUCCGAAUGGCAUCCCUAUUGGUAGAUCUAUCAGUAACUCUGGUGCGUACGUGGUAGAUCCAAGCUACCGGUUAGUCCCAAUUGGAGUCAUCGGUGAGCUUAUCGCCGUGGGAGACGGACUGGCCAAAGGGUACGUUGACUCACGGCUCGAUGCUGGCCGGUUCGUGACGGUCAAUAUUCCUGGGCAAUCACCGACACGAGCAUACCGGACCGGAGACUUUGUGCGAUACCGGCCGACUGAUGGCCAGCUUGAAUACUUUGGCCGCAUGGAUCAGCAGGUCAAGAUUGGAGGUUUCCGUAUCGAACUUGAGGAGAUUGAAUAUGUGCUCCUUCAGAACUGCAAAGUGAGAGAUGCGGUAACGGUCAUCCAGCAAAGAGAAGGCCAGGUUCCGGACAUUAUGAGCUUUGUCACCGUCCCAUUGGAUCCAGGCCAGAUUGAGGCCACGCAACAGGAUCUCCAGGAGUGGGUUGAAGAUAGAUUACCGUCUUACAUGAUUCCUCGCGCCAUUCGAGUGCUGGAACGGAUGCCAAUCAAUAGUAAUGGGAAGGUUGACCGUCAGAAGCUGGCAGGAAUGACGGAUACUCAUACUUCUCGCCAGCCUAUAACAGUCACAUUACCACCGCCAGAUGAUGUGGAACGCGCGGUGCUGGAAGAAUUUACAGCAGUGCUCAGGUUGAAGAUGGGAAUCACAGACAACUUUUUCAAGGCUGGUGGCCACUCACUACUGGCCACCAGAAUGGCCUCUAGGAUCAUGAAACGGCUGGAUGUCAAAAUCACGGUGAGGGAUAUAUUUGACUUUCCUACUGCUGCCAGCCUUGCAAAGAGGAUUCGGCAAUGUGAACCGAGCAAGUAUGUUCAGAUAUCGCCCGUCGAGCACAAGGGACCCGUAGGGAAAGGGGAACCAGGGGAACCCGGGGAACAGAGGGGAGCGGUCAUGAAGUUGUCCUUUGCGCAAGGCCGCCUUUGGAUGCUGGAGCAAAUGAAUCCUGGCCAAUCCUGGUACCAUGUUCCAUUUGCGGUGCGGCUGCACGGCUCUCUACAGCUUGAAGCCUUAGAGAAGGCUUUUUUCACCCUUGCGGAGCGUCAUGAAAGUCUUCGAACGACGUUUGAAAACCAGGGGGCACUUCCAAUACAAGUUGUCCAUCCCCAUCCGUCCAAGCCUCGGCCCUUGAAGGUUAUUGAUGCAACCACCAGCCUGAAUAUGGACUUCAUGACUAUCCUUCACCACGAACAGACGACUACAUUCGACCUCUCUACAGAGCCAGCAUGGCGAGUGGCGAUUAUUCGCUUGGGACCAGAGACCCACGUGCUUUCCGUGGUCAUACACCAUAUCCUUUGCGAUGGUUGGUCAGUUGGCAUCAUUCAGAAGGAACUAGCUAUAUUUUAUGCUUCGGCUGUUCGGGGCGAGGUGCCCUCGUCAUGUCUUGCUCCGCUUCCGAUCCAGUACCGCGACUUUGCGGCCUGGCAACAUGAGGUCAGUCAGGGUCAUGAGCAUCGACGACAGCUGGAUUAUUGGGUAACCCAGCUGGAGGGGAGCCAUCCUGCCGAGUUUCUUUGCGACAAACCACGACCAGCGUCCUUCGCGGGAGCUGCUGGUGUUCGCCUAAUCCAAGUUAAAGACACGACAUAUACGCAAUUGCAGCAGUUCUGCCAGACAAAUCAGGUUACCCCCUUUGUUGUCUUGUUAACGACAUUUCGCAUCACGCACUACAGGCUGACAGGAUCAACGGAUGCAACAAUUGGUACACCUGUUGCCAAUCGAAAUCGUGAAGAACUCGAAGACCUGGUUGGGUUUUUCGUUAACCUCCAAUGUAUUCGAAUUCCAGUCGAGGAGAUGUCGUUUCUUGAGCUAGUCCAACAAGUCCGUUCAACUACGUCUGCAGCAUCUGCCAAUCAAGAUGUGCCGUUCGAGCACAUUGUAAGUACUAUGCAAACUGACCGUGAUCUUUCCCGGAAUCCCUUAGUUCAGGUAGUUUUUGUUCUUCACUCUGAAGUAAACAUGGCUGCAUUCCGUCUCGAGGGGAUUGAAACUAAGCCGGUCGAUCUCGUACCGACUUCGCGGUUUGAUAUGGAGUUCCACCUGUACCAAAGACACAAUGCGCUUGAAGGCUACAUCCUCUACGCCGAAUCGUUAUUCAACGCAGAAACGAUUGAGAUUAUACAGCGAACAUUUGAUAAGGUCCUCCAGCACGGUCUCCUGCUACCCUCUACCACGCCUGACGCAUUUCCGCUGGUGGACGACUACACCAGCCCGGACGCAGAUACUAUGAAACAGGUCUACGGUCAUUGCACAGACUAUCCACGAGAUAUGAACGUCAUUGAAGCUUUUCAGCGGCAGGUGGCGAGUUUCCCAAGUCGCAUAGCAGUCACAGAUCAGUCAGCGCGACUGACGUAUUCCGAGCUGGAUAGCCGGUCAGACCGGGUUGCAUCCUGGCUGUCGGCGCUCUCGCUUCCCGUGGAAAUGCCGGUGGCGGUGCUCGCACAUCGAUCAUGUGAAGCUACUGUUGCUCUUCUUGGGAUCCUCAAAGCAACCUUGGCAUAUCUUCCACUAGAUGUUCGAGCCCCCGCAGGCCGCAUCGAAACUGUUCUCUCACUCGUACCCAACUGCAAACUGCUUCUGCUAGGAUCUGGUCUUCGGAAUCCUGUAGCCAAACUGGAAGGGAUCACAGCAAAGCCGAUCACCGAGGCUAGCAUGGAAUUUAACCACCUUCUUUCCCGACCGUCGGCCACCAGCCUUGCGUACAUCAUGUUUACUUCCGGAUCGACGGGACAGCCAAAGGGUGUCAUGGUGGAACAUCGUGGGAUUAUCCGAUUGGUGAAGGGUAGCGACGUGGCGAGCGAGGCCUGCUCUGUCGCUCACAUGUCGAAUCUGGCCUUCGAUGCCUCCACAUGGGAAAUAUAUAUUGCGCUGCUGAAUGGCGGCACCGUGGUGUGCAUCGAUCCGAUGACAGUGGCAGAUUAUUCUGCGCUUGGUGAAGUGUUUCAGCAUGAGAGUGUCCGCAUGGCAUUCUUUACACCGGCACUACUCAAGCAAUGCCUAACUGUGUCUCCUGCGACGCACAAUGUAUUGCAUACCACCGGGGAUGAUGCAUGUGUUAACGGGGUUCCAAUUGGUCAACCAAUCUUCAACUCUGGAGCCUGUGUAGUGGAUCGCGACCUCCGGGUUGUGCCUGUUGGUACAAUUGGCGAGCUCAUUGUUACGGGAGACGGUCUGGCCCGAGGCUAUACACAGCCAAAAUUGGACCAGGGGAGAUUUAUAACUCUGCCGGUCGGCCCGAAAACAGUGCGAGGGUAUCGCACCGGCGAUAUUGUUCGAUAUCGGCCUGGUGACCGCCAGUUGGAGUACUUUGGGCGCAUCGAUCAACAGGUGAAAAUCCGUGGCCAUCGGGUGGAACUUACUGAGAUCGACCAAUCUUUGCUCGCUUUCAGCUUCAUCAAGGAGGCUGUAUCAAUCUGCCGUAAAGAGGAAGCCCGGGGACCUGAUUUGGUUAGCUUCGUUACAGCCGAUAACGGUCAGGAUUCGCACGCAAUCAUGGGAGGAGUCAGGCAGGACACGACUGGGCAAGUCGAAGACUGGAAAGAACUGUUCGAAACAAAUGUUUAUAAUCCCUCUGAUUUACGUCCUGGCGAGCUUGGGAGAGACUUCACUGGUUGGAAGUCAAUGUAUACUGGCGCACCGAUUGAGAGAAAAGAGAUGAACGAAUGGCUAGGCGACACCAUUAGCGCACUCCUUAAUGGAAGCUCGCCCGGUCAUGUGUUUGAAGUCGGAACUGGCACUGGCAUGAUGCUGUUUAAUCUCGUCAAAGGGCUGCAGAGCUACGUCGGGCUUGAGCCCUCGACUACGGCACUUGACUUUGUCCAGGCAGCUGUUCCCAAUAUUCCCGGAUUAAAAGGGAAGGUGCGGUUGCUGACAGGGACAGCAGACGAUAUGAAUCGACUUGACAGAUUCAACCCUGUGGAUGUCGCCGUCAUCAACUCGGUAGCGCAGUACUUCCCAACUCCUGACUAUCUGCUCAAGGUUGUUGAGGAUCUAAUGUGUCUGCAAGGUGCCAAGCGAAUUUUCCUUGGUGAUAUACGGUCAUAUGCACUCUACGAGGAAUUUCAAGUGAGCCGGGCACUAUACAGUCGUACCCAGGGACUACCCACUGUGGCCGAUAUUCGAUCACAGAUGGCGGAAACGGUUCACAUGGAAGAGGAGCUACUGGUAGACCCGGCCUUUUUCACUUCCCUACCAAGCCGUUUUCCGCAUCUUGUCGAGCAUGUGGAAAUUCUGCCCAAGCGUAUGGUAGCAACCAACGAGCUCAGCUGUUACCGCUAUGCCGCUGUUCUGUACGCCAAGCAGCAGCCGAACUUGGGGCUGCGCAUCCACGACGUUGAAGAGAGCCAAUGGGUUGAUUUUUCCGCAAGGAAGAUGAAUCGCGAGUCUCUGUUGCAAAAUUUGCAGCAACGGGUCCCCGAUUCAUCAGUGGUGGCAAUCAGCAAUAUCCCCUACAGCAAGAUUAACCUGGAACGGCUUAUAGUAGACCAGUUGAAGGACCGCUUGGUUGAUAGGGUUGGAGGACCUGGCUGGCUCGCGCCACUCCGUGAAACCGCCAAGAAGUUCCCAUCUCUUGCAGCCAUUGAUUUGAUAGACCUGGCGGAGAAGACGGGUUUUCAAGUCGAGAUCAGCUGGGCUCGCCAGCACUCACAACGUGGUGGGCUGGACGCCGUCUUCCACCGCAUUGAGCCUGCCCAGAAGGGCGCAAGGGUGCUAUUUCGGUUCCCAACAGACCACCAGGGACGAGCACCUGGUCAAUUGAGUAACAACCCACUACAACUGUCAUCCAAUCGAGACAUGGAGAAGUGGGUGCGGAAGGCCUUGCAAAAGUCAUUGCCACCGUAUAUGGUCCCCAGACUGGUCAGGGUUUUGGAGCGAAUGCCUAUCAACAGCAAUGGGAAGAUCGACCGCAAGGCUCUGGCAAGCAUGGUUGCUGGCACUGUAUCCCAAAACACUGUGUCAGCUAGAGUCGAUCCGCGUGAUGAUCUGGAACGAGCGUUGCUUCAUCAGUUUACGAAGGCGCUCGGGCAAGAUAUCGGCGUUCUCGAAAGCUUGUUUGAUCAUGGGGGCCACUCGCUGACUGCGAUAAAGCUGGUCAAUGGGAUCAAUGAACAGCUCCAUACUCGUGCCAGGGCGAGUGACAUCUUCGAGUGUCCUACUGUUGCCGGUCUCGCCGCAAGGAUUCGAUCCUGGCCGGGAUCGAUAACGAGACCUGUCGCCUCAACGUUUUCCCUUGUUGGGGGCAAUCUCUCACCUGCCACUUCAGGCGAGCUCGCCAAAAUUGGACUGAGUCCCACUGAAGUUGCUGAUAUCGUUCCUGUGACAAACACACAGGCCUGGUUCCUUACCCGAUGGGCCCCAGUCUCCAUGCGCCUUAAUCUCCACGGCAGGAUCGAUAUCAAUCAGUGGAGAACGGCUUGUCACGCUGUGGCACAAAAGCACAGUACUCUACGCACUUUGUUUACUAGACUCGAAGGGAGAUUCGUCCAGGUCAUCCUGCGAGCAGUCAACGUUCCAUUUACCCACAAGUUGACCAGUGAUACGGUUUCCGAUGAGGCUCAUUCUGGGCUUUCUCCGGUCUCCACGAAGCUAUAUACGAGAUUUGAACUAGUUUCUCAGUCUCCGACAAGUCACUCGUUCAUUGUUCGGUUGUCUCAUGCACAAUACGACGGGUUUUCACUCCCGCUCCUCUUUUCCGAUUUGGUUGCAGCUUACAAUGGUAACCUGCUCUCGCCACCAGUAGCAGUCCCCUUCUCGGACUACGUAUAUGGAUGUGCAUACCACCAAUCACCAGAUUCGCUGAGCUUCUGGAAUGACUAUUUGCGGGGGGCUCGUCUGACCACCUUAUCCGAUCCAACCCUUUCUGCAGAUGACAAGUCUAUAGAUGUCAAAGCGAUCGUGACUGGUGAACUUCCCCCAUCGUUGCCUGGCAUCACGUUCCCCACUCUUGCCAAUGCAGCAUUCGCUUUCACGCUGGCGGAGAUGGUGUGCAGCCAAGAUGUCACAUUCGGGCUGGUUCUGAACCUUCGUGACCUACCCAUCAACGGCGUGGAAGCCAUCCUUGGACCGUGUAUCAACAUCAGUCCCGUGCGAGUGCAAUCGCAGCAGGCUUGGACAGUCAGCGAUCUCUGCCACAACUUACAUGACAGUUACACCGCGGUUUCUCGUCACGGAUACGUCGAAUUGCCGGAUAUUGUUGCCAACUGCACCGACUGGCCAAGGGACAGUGACUUUGGCUGCCUGAUAAAUCAUUUCCCUCCGAAUCGUACCCCUUCGUUCUCAUUGAAAGACGCAGAAGUGGUGGACUUUUCAAUGGAUUCUCGAAUCGAUCUGACAGAUCAGCUGCUUGUUCGCUCGAUCGUGGGUGAGGGAACUUGGGAAGUACAGGUGCUGACUUCAAGCAACGUGAUGAGCGACGAAAAGGCCUCCGCAUUGGCUGAGAGGCUUUUGAAAACGGGGCAGAAAUUCUCGCAGUACCCAGAAACACCCUUAUCUUCCCAUCUAUUGCGUUAA